AUGGAGGCUAGAAACGGCAUUCCUCUCCGGUCGGUCUCGGCGGAUCCUCUCUCGCGUGAGCAGCAUGCUGCAUCCCCUGAGCACCACUCGCACGCUGAACCGAACCUCGACGAGACGCCGCCGUAUGAAGCGUCACAGGAGGAGGUUCUCCCGCCGUACGAAGACGCAGAUAAUAGUCCCGUGAGAAUACGUUCUACGCCGCUGCAUCGUAAUUUUUACAUCAUCGUUCCUACUGCGCUCUACUCGGCUCUUGUUAUUUACUCCUGGGUGACCUUCUGCCUUCUCACUCGAUUAGACGGAUUCUUUGAGGGCUCAGUAAACACAAGGGUCCAUCAAUUCAAGGCGGCGCGCUAUACUCAGUCCAUUGCAAGCGUUGCAACUAUUCCCGUGAUCUCCACCGUAUGUGCCUGGGCUGCUGCGGUCUAUGUACAGAAUCAGCGUGAUGCAUAUAGUCUGCGGUUGCGCCAGGUAAUCACCCUGGCGGACCGUUCUUGGAUGGAUCCUCUGCUUUGGUAUCGUCUACUGUUUUAUCCGAAAGGGCUCAAACGCUAUGGGAGUAGCUUUCUUGUUCUGGCGGUCUUCAUUCAUAUCAUUGGUGCCAUCACCUACCCGAUUCAGUCGCUUUUCCUUUCAACUCGCCAAGUCAAUAUUCAGCCUAGUGACUCCCAGUAUUCUGAGGCAAAUCAAAUGGUGAAAUCAAUAUCUGGAAUGUUCGAAUCCCCAGGAACUGCAGAUACUAUACUUACACUACGCCGGGAGCUGCAAAGUGCUGGUUUGGAUGCUCAUUCAAGCCAGUUCUGGACAAGUGGCGAUGAUACUUGGUUCGCAGAACUGUCCAACGACUUCACUACUGGUCUACACUCUGGCCAGUUGAUCCCGAGAGUAAACGUCACGGCGGAGUAUCAGAAUCUGACAGGUACCAGUACAUUUCCAUCCAACUGCAACGAAACGGAGGGCUGGUUUUACAGUUCCUAUUAUUAUCCCGGUGAAAAUUAUAACACGACGCUAGAGGUCUGUUUGACGGUGAAUACAUCUCAGACCCCAUGGCAGGAUAUCGACAGUCGUCAGGACUUUACUGAGGAGCUAUAUGUCAACGCAAGCACUCCCAGCAUAUAUCAGGAGGAGCUUGGGGCAUUCAAAAUCACUAUGAAAACGACAGCGGGUGCGUUUGAAUUACCCAAUUUUGAGAACAACCAGACUGCCGGCCCAUUACUCAAUGAUUCACCACCGUGCCUGAGUAAGCCUUGUAGUAAAUAUACGGCAUCUGGUAGUCCUUACGACCCGCCUCUUACAGGCCCUCUAACCACAAUCGCCAUCGCUCUCUUUGGUCCCGGCUCAUAUGCCGACAUAGCGCAAACUGCACUAAACAGCAGAGCCAUAUAUGAUGAAAUAGGGUGGAAGGGAGUUUUGGAUCGCGAUGCGUACAAUAAUCUUUAUCCACUGCAGAGCCUCGGCCUCAAAUCUCCUGUCAUGGUGGGCCCAUUCUUCAUUUGGCUGACUCUCUUAACUCAUUUCAACAACUCGACCACCUUGUCUCCAAUCUUCACACAGGCCGGUUUCCUGGCCAUUAAAGCCAUGUUUGAUACGUACCCCACCAUCGACGAAUCUCAAAAUAUACUCAUAUCCUACAGUAAUUCGACGCUACAACAGAUAACGCUACCAUCCAUGUCCAUCGGCGGUCUGAUUGUUGGAUCCGUUUUGUUGGGUCUGUACAUGGUACCGUUACUGUGUCUAGCACUAUAUGCGGUAUACUCGCAUCCCUGGACCAAUACGCUCGACGCGUUUACCAUGUUGCGCAUGGGUGCCGCACUCGGCCAAAAGGAUCUGCCGUUACUGAUCGGGAACAGUAUGCGCAAAAUCCAGGCUUUGGAUAACCUGCCCGGUGUGGUGAGAGAUAUUUCAGGCCCGGACGAUAAGAUUAGACAGAUGGCGCUUGGUAUUGAAGGCGGUGCGCCAUUGCAAGUGUCGAAGCGGUAUCUGGCUUAUCCUGGGAAUAACGACACCUUGAUGGCGGUCAGGUGAAGUUUUCGU